CAUGAUUCAUGCCAGUUUCCGAACCGAUGGUUGACCGUCAUUGGCUCUAAUACUGGGAACUACGAUAUUGAACGCCAUCGGUUCGGCGAGAGUGGAGGAGGGGAUCGAUCAACGCCCCUUCGCAAUGAUAGAGUUUUGAAGUAAUUAACUUGCUACUUCCCAUCCCGAGAUGAUCGGGAAGAUGGACAAAGAACUAUGAACGUACGAACGUCAUAUGAUAAUACGAAAAAUACUACGUUCUGCAACCACCAGCCGCUUUUUCGUCUCAGCUAUCGUGUCUUGCACCAGACCAGAUGUGCCGAAGGACGCCAACUCAAGGAAGCGCGGUUGCGCAAAAACGAAAAGAUCUGGACCCGGAUCCUAGCGAAUAAGAAUGGCACGCUGUUGCAAUACCUUUCCAUACUUUUGCCCGGGACCGAGAACCAACGCAGGAAAAGGGGUAGCUCCUCAGAGGGCUUACUUCGAGACCGAAACAACCUCUUUCUACGGAGUACAUACAUGUACAUACAUACAUUAACAGUGGUCUUAAUUACAUUGCAGAGGGCAUGGCACAUCGCGACGACACUGUGAUGCGCAAGAAUAAGUAUUUGCUAUGGAGAAAACUCGAGGGCGGGGUUUCAGCAAUGUGUAUCAAACGAUCACCCGCAAGAGACAAGGAUCAUCCCAUCCGGAGAAACAGAUACUGUGCAUCCAUAAUCUGUUAACCAACAUAUUCACAAAUCCCCUCCUAGGCCGUCAAUUUCAGUGGACGCCCCCUUUUACCCCUCUUCUAGCUCCCACAUAAGCCCCAGUCAGGUUUCUCCAACAGCGCAUCCCGUAAAAGGAGGGGAAGAGCCA